ACAGCAUAAAGAACCCACAGGCAUCUGGGCUUUCCCACUUCAGUAGCAAAUAGGGGGAAUUAUGGGUUGGUGGUCUGCUUCCCAUUAGGAAGACACCCCUCCAUCUGUUUUCAGUACAGCCUGUUUCCAAUUUAAAACACAGAUUUCAAUACAAACCUCAAUUUCUUUUCUCCAUUUUGUAUGCAAAGUGAGGCUUAUGAAUCGGUGUCAUUGCCAUAAAGGCACAGACCACAUUUCUCCCCAAAAAUCACAGGCUUUUUAUUUGAAUACCUGCUUACAGUGGUAUACAAUGGGCAGCUUUGAGAAGAAAAAUUGAUAAUCUUCACGGAAGAGUAAUUUGAAUGAAAUUACACUUGACAGCCUGUCUCCAAGCAAACAAGGAGAGUGAGAGAGCCUUAGCUAAGCUCUGAGGACUUGCCUAAGCCUCUGCCGUUGGAGCUUCCCAGGGAAAAAAAAAUCCACACUUUUUCCUACAUCUGACUGAAGCUUUUGAUUAAUUCUCUGUAGCUGUUUCUAGUGAAGAAAGAUAGCCAUGGAAGAGAAUAUGGAAGAGGGACAAACACAGAAAGGGUGCUUUGAGUGUUGCAUCAAAUGCCUGGGAGGUAUUCCCUAUGCGUCUUUGAUUGCCACCAUCCUGCUGUAUGCUGGAGUUGCACUGUUCUGUGGUUGUGGACAUGAAGCACUUUCAGGAACUGUCAACAUUCUGCAAACCUACUUUGAGAUGACAAGAGCUGCAGGAGAUGUUAUUGAUGUCUUUACCAUGAUUGACAUCUUCAAAUAUGUGAUAUAUGGUGUAGCAGCUGCAUUCUUUGUAUAUGGCAUUUUGCUGAUGGUGGAGGGAUUCUUUACAACUGGUGCCAUCAAAGAUCUCUAUGGAGAUUUCAAAAUCACCACUUGUGGCAGAUGUGUCAGUGCCUGGUUUAUUAUGCUGACAUACAUCUUUAUGUUGGCCUGGCUUGGUGUUACAGCUUUCACUUCCUUGCCUGUUUACAUGUACUUCAAUCUGUGGACCAUUUGCCGAAAUGCCACCAUAGUGGAUGGAGCUAAUCUCUGCUUGGAUCUUCGCCAGUAUGGUAUUGUAACUAUUGGAGAGGAAAAGAAGGUUUGCACUUCAUCAGAAAGUUUCAUCAAGAUGUGUGACUCUAAUGAGCUUAACAUGACAUUCCACUUAUUCAUUGUGGCACUUGCUGGAGCUGGAGCGGCAGUCAUUGCUAUGGUCCAUUAUCUCAUGGUGUUGUCUGCCAACUGGGCCUAUGUGAAAGAUGCAUGCAGAAUGCAGAAAUACGAAGAUAUUAAAUCAAAGGAGGAACAAGAGCUUCAUGAUAUUCAUUCUACUCGCUCUAAAGAGAGGCUCAACGCUUACACAUAAAAGAAACCCUGUCUUACUUUCUAAUAUGUGAAUGCUUUGUUGUUUAACUAAAGGCUAUCCAACCAUUUUAAAACCAAUUGGAAGUGCUUCUCACAAAAGAUAGUUUGGGUGACUUACAUAUCACCUCUGUACAAUUCUUGGUUGUCUAGCACUUGGUUUCUUAAUUAGUUCUUACUCUGUGUAACCAUUCUCUACCACAAAGCUCCUAAAUAGCCUUUCCUAAUUUCUUUUAAUCUAAUUAGUUCUGCUAGAUCAAAUAUACUAAACUAUUGUCAAAUACAGAUAUGUGUUUGAUUUUUUUAAUCACUUUGUAUGUGUUAUGCAUAACACUUUUUGCAUUGUUUCUUAUAUGUUUUUGGGAAAAAAAAGUAGCUUUUUAUACUUUUUAGUUUUGAGUUCGAUAACCACUUUAACUACAGGUAUACUUCAAAGGGACCAUUGUACAUGAUGUACAAUAUAUAGAGAAACCAUUCAGAUGACUUUCCUUAUAUAUGGAAAACUUGCCAGAUGGACCCUGAUCAAUGUGAGUGAAAGUCCUAAGAAAGUUUUAAACAAAGGUGCAAUUUCUAAAUUUGUAAUAGUGGGUAAAAAAAAAAAAAAAAGGAAAAAAUAAAGAAAAAGGAAAAAAAAAGAGGAAAAAGAAAGAAAAAAAAAAGAAAAAAGUGCUUCUUAUCUUUGUUAACAUUGUAUUAUUAUUGAUGUUUUUAAAUAAUAUUCUCAUGUUCCAAGUUCAAUGGGUGAUAAUUCCUGUUUGUAUUGUGAGCAUGCAGCCUGUGGUGCUAACAAUGCAUGGCCACUUGCCUUUUGAAGGAAUUUAAUACCACGGCUACCUGUUAAAGACUUAUGGUAUAUAGACAAUUGUUAAUUAAGUGAUAUAGUUAUCCAUAGUUUUUUACAGAAUGAUCUCUCUUUAAUUCAAUGAUGAUUGGAGCUGUUCAUGUGAUAACGUAAGAAAUUACUGCUUAGCUACAUUUAUGAAAGUGAUACAUAAAAAAAUACCGUGACCAUAGGAUCAGAUGUCUUUUUACCUGCUUAAAAAAGUUAAAUGGAUUGCACCUGUCUGAACUGUACAUGACACAUUAAAAGAGACUUCCAUAAAUGUUAUAGCUUGGCUUCUAGCUUUCCUACACAUACUGGUUUACCUGUACUAUGUUAAAGUAAGGUGAAAAACCACUACAGAGUUUAUUAUUUGAAAGUGUAGUAAUAUAUUUGAACAUUUAUUUUGAUAGGAAAAUGUUAUCAGAAAGAUAGAUCAUCUUAAUUUGGAAUAAUUACCUGUAUCAAAAAAAAACCAGAAAACCCUAAUUAAGCAAAGUCAGUAUUGCUGGACCAAAUUUGGUGGAGGUUGGUGGGGUUUUUUUUGUUUGUUUGCUUGGGUUUUGUUUGGGCUUUUUUGUCUUUUUUUUGUUUGGUUUUUGUUUGUUUGGUUGGUUGGGUUUUUUUGCCUAUUUCUAAUGCUACAAGAAUGCUGUAAAAGUGUCUUUUAAAGUGAUGUAGCCUGACAAGACAUUUUUGUCAGUGUUAAAAAUCUUAGGUAGUUUUGUGCACUUAUUGGACCAUUGUGAAUUCUCUCAGUGUAAGUGCAUUUCUAAUAAAACUUAUUGAGUAAAACUCUUCUUUGUACUAUUACUAGUCAUGCAUCAUCAGUAAUUUUUAACAAUUCUUGUAGUAAGUAGAGGGUAAUGACUAUAGUUACUUGUGGCAUGAUAAUGCAUUAAGUAGUAUUAGUUGAUUGAAUUUUUUUUCUUUUCUUUUGCCUGUUUUGGGUUUUUUUGGUUGUGUUUUUGAUUUGAGGUUUUGGACUGUUUUCCUUUUUUUUUUUACACUUAGGCUGUCCUAUAGGGUCAACAGUUUUCUGAAAAUGUGCAGUACCGGUAUUACAGUUCUGCAAAAAGUAUUAGGGACCUCUUUUGCAUUCUAUAUUGUAGUGUUUCAGUUUUGUGUCUUAAAACGUUUGUGCUGAUUUUUAAAAUUAUGUCUUUUAAACUCAUGUAACAAUGUUAAUGCUUUUGGCUCUUCUCUGGUAUUAGAGUUUGUAUUUUCACAAAGAAUGCUUUGUAGCAGGCAUUACAAUUAAUCUGUUUUGUACAUAAAUGUGCCAACAGCUUGAUGGUGGCGUUUUUGAAAUGUAGAACAAAGUGCUUGCAAAAAAAUGUAAUAAACACACUUGUGUACUUUGUGUACUUAUUAAUAA